UUUUCUUGCUGAUAUAGAAAAAAAAUCCAUUCUUGAUUUGGUUUUAAGAAAAGGGUCUGCCAUUGCAUUUAGAUAUUGGUUGCAAGAAGGGGUCUUUCUUUAAAAAAAAAAAAAAAGAAGAAAAAAAGAAGGGGUCUUUGUUUCAUAUUUGUCUUCGAUUUAUUUGUAUACCUUAGUGUGAUAAAUGCUGUGGUAAAGGAUAAAGAUAUGAUUUUUUUGGUGUGAGCUAAUGUAGGAGUUUUGUUUUUAGUUUCAUUUAGAAUGAAUGAUUAAAUGGUUCUUGGUUAUUAUCAUGUGAUCCGUUUUAAGUUCUAAUUUUUGCAUUGUUUUCUCCACCAUUUUGUUGCAUUGGUUAUUUUGCUGUCAUAAAUGUUGAGUUUUGGAGCAACAAUGGUAUUGGUAGCUUAUAGGAUGUGUUAAUUGUUACUUUGUUGAUAUAGAGAAUUGCAAUGGCAGAGAGAAAUGUACAUUUGAUGGGAUUUUUUGGUCGAAAAUCCAUGUUUAGUAUGUUUUCAAUUACUUCAAUCUUAUUCAUGUUAUCUUUGUUAUUUGUGAUACGUUCAACUGGACGGCGUCACUUUUUUUACCUCAAUGUAUUACCUAAGUCCAAGAUUCUUGCUUUGUCUGAAGAAGGUUAUUCGCAAUCUAGUACUCAAAGUGAUCAUGAGGUCACGAAUUCAAAUAGACCGGUUUCUAACAAAGGAACAUUGGAAAAGUACAAUGUGUUUAAGUGUAAUCCUAGUAAACAAGUCCUUAAAGUUUUUAUGUAUGACCUGCCCCCACAAUUUCAUUUUGAACUGUUGGGCUGGAAGGCUGAGGGAAAGAGUGUCUGGCCAGAUAUAAGGAAACUGGUUCCUACUUAUCCAGGUGGAUUAAACGUGCAGCAUAGUAUAGAGUAUUGGUUGACAUUGGAUCUUUUGUUGUCUGAAUUUGAUGACAAUUUCAAUGGUCGAAAUGCUAGUGCUAUAAGAGUGCAUAAUUCAAGUGAAGCUGAUGUGAUAUUUGUUCCUUUCUUUUCAUCGGUUUGCUAUAAUCGGUUUUCAAAGCUUAAGCCAAAGCAGAAAACAAGUCCAAACACAUUGCUGCAGCAAAAAUUGGUUGCCUUUUUGACAGCACAAGAGGAAUGGAAAAGAUCAGGGGGAAAAGACCAUAUAAUUCUUGCACACCAUCCAAAUAGUCUUUUGGAUGCAAGAAUGAAGUUGUGGCCUGCAAUGUUCAUACUUUCAGACUUUGGAAGGUAUCCUCCCACGGUAGCUAACGUCGAAAAAGAUGUCAUUGCACCUUACAAGCAUGUAAUCAGGAACUAUGAGAAUGACACUUCUGAUUUUGAUAGUCGACCAACUUUGCUCUACUUCCAGGGAGCUAUAUACAGAAAAGAUGGUGGAUCCAUUCGACAAGAGUUAUUCUAUAUGCUGAAAGAUGAGAAAGAUGUUCACUUCUCCUUUGGAAGUAUACUAAAAGGCGGAGUAAAACAAGCAACAGAUGGUAUGCACUCUUCCAAAUUCUGUCUCAACAUCGCAGGUGACACUCCCUCAUCAAAUCGUCUCUUUGAUGCUAUUGCAUCUCACUGUGUACCAGUCAUCAUUAGUGACGAAAUAGAGCUUCCCUAUGAAGAUGUUCUUGACUAUUCAGAGUUCUGCAUAUUCGUCCGUACAUCAGAUGCUCUCAAAGCAAAUUUCCUCAUAAACUUCAUCAGGAGCAUCACGAAAAAAGAGUGGACUAGAAUGUGGGAAAGGUUAAAAGAGAUUGAAAAUCUGUUUGAGUAUCGAUAUCCUUCCAAGGACAACGAUGCUGUUCAAAUGAUCUGGCAAGCUAUCGCCCGUAAGGUUCCUACUGUCAAUUUUAAGGUGCAUAAAUCCUCGAGAUAUUCUCGAGCACCUGUUUCGAAAGAAGGAGGGCUGAAGUCAUUUCCCUUGCCAAAAAAUAUUUUGUAAGCAACUUAAACAUUCAGUAGGAUUUUGAAUAUUUUGUCAACAUCAGAAAUUUUUUCCACAGUUUUGGAACAUAACCAAUGUUUACAAACAAUAGUUUAUAUAUAGUAACAUAGAAAAGAAAGUUGUAAUUUUGAAGUCUAUGCUUGUUAAAUCAGUUAAAGAGAUCAUUGAUCAAUUUGUUCAGUCA